UCUUCUCUCCCAACAUGAAUUGUUGCACCUCUGGCAAGUUAAUGAUAAGCGGUAGGAUGACUGAAGUGUGUCUCGGAUCAGACAUGAGUCUGUCCAGAGCUUGGCCAAAGAAGGGACACUAUGGAGACUCGUCUGCAACAACUGUCUGAUGAAUCUACAGGAGAGUCAUUUUCCACCAACCGUAUCCUGAUGUGCCCUUUAGACCCGGGGAAAUGCUCUGCUGCUCAUUAUCGUUCUGGGAUUUGGAGGCUCUUUUCAUGUUGGAUUCCACACGACUUCACUGAGUUCACCCUCGCCAUUUAUACAAAGCUUCAUCAACAGCAGCUGGACAGAACGACAUGGAGAAGUUCCACCUCAACAGACGGUCACCAUGAUCUGGUCCCUGACAGUCUCUAUGUUCGCCAUUGGUGGGCUCGUUGGUGCUAUCAGUGUGAAGUUUAUAUCUGGAAAGCUGGGAAGAAAAAAGACAAUGAUCUUCAACAGCCUUGUUGCCAUCAUAGCAGCAGUGAUUAUGCUUUUCAGUAAAUUAGCCAGGUCUUAUGAAAUGUUGAUCUUGGCAAGGUUUCUGUAUGGAUCAUGCACAGGUCUGAGUGCGAGUAUCCAUAUCUUGUACCUCACUGAGAUUUCACCCAGAAAAAUAAGAGGGACAGUGACUCUAACUCUGGGGACCUUUGGAUCAUUGGGCAAGCUGUUAGGACAGCUUUUGGGUUUAAGUGAGAUCUUGGGUCGUGAACAGCUGUGGAAUGUUCUUCUGUGCAUUCCUUUGUUUUUCUCACUGGUCAAUGCAGUAGCAUUGCCAUUUUUCCCCGAGGCUCCACGAUAUUUACUCAUUGAGAAAGGAAAGAUUGAGGAGUGCAAGAAAGCUCUGCAGAGUCUCUGGGGACCCGGUGAUUACAAAGAAGAGAUUGGUGACAUGUUGGCUGAGCAGGCUGCCAUGGAAGCAGCUCCACCAAAAACCCCUCUGCAGCUGAUUAGGAACAGGAAUGUUCGGUGGCAGCUCAUUACCAUGGCCUUCAUUUACGGCUGCAACCAACUAUCAGGAUCUUCUGCAAUCAACAAUUUCUCCUAUGAUAUCUUCGUACAAGUUGGCAUUCAUUCAGACAAUAUCCGCUACAUCAUCCUUGGUCUUGGUGCUACUGAAAUCCUAUCCUCUGUCCUCUCAGGAGUAUUGCUGAUUGAGCGCACUGGUAGGAAGCCCAUGAUUACUGGAGGCUACGCUAUCAUGACCAUUUGUUGGGUGUUGGUUACUGUCACAUUGAAUUUGACGAAUCCCAGCUCCUGGGUUCCCUACAUCACUGCAAGUUUGAUUAUCCUGUUCAUUGUUGCCUUCAGUGGAGGAUGCCUUACAGUAAGUGCUACCCUCAGCAGUGAACUGUUCGUCCAGUCUGAUCGAGUGGCGGCACUCGUCAUUUCAGGAACCCAGCGCUGGCUGACGAUGGCUCUGAUAGGUCUGGUUUUUCCAUUCAUAUUGACUUACAUGAAAUCGUACAGCUUCGUGUUUUUUGCCUCCAUCUGCCUCGUGGGCUUCCUUUACACCUUCUUUCUGCUGCCUGAGACCAAAGAAAAGACCAUUCUACAGAUCGCUGAAGAAUUCAAAGCAAUCACUGUGUGUGGAAAAUCCUUUGCAGAGAGAAAGAGGAUGGAGACAAAGUUAUAAAGGCAGUUAAGGUACAACAUUAAAAACAAAAGAAGGGACAUCUCAUGCUUGAUCCUAAACUCUCACAGGCAUUCCUACCUUGGCCUAUCAGCCUAUCAUUUGAUUAAA